AUGCAUUCUCGCUCAUUGGUACCGUUGGGCAUCCGCAAGUUCCAGAGAAUCCCACGCGAUGUAAUCGCCCAAGCACAAAGUGGAACGGGCAAAACGGCAACUUUUGCCAUUGGCAUCUUGCAACAAGUAGAUCCUAAGCUGCACGAAUGCCAGUCGUUAGUCCUUGCGCCCACACGAGAACUGGCGCAGCAGCUGCCCUACGGUAAGUUGUUCGACGGAUAUUACGAGGGUUUGUUUGCGCUGCCGUGGUUGAUCAGAUUCGAACAGCUUUUCUUUUCGCCCUCACACGUCAUACAAAAGGUGAUAGCAGCGUUGUCAGAUUACAUGGAUAUCGAUUGCCACGCGUGCAUUGGUGGAACAAACGUCAUCGAUGAUGUGAGAAGACUGGAAAUGGGCAGCCAGGUGGUGGUAGGUACGCCUGGACGAGUGCACGAUAUGAUUCAGCGAAAGGCCUUGCGUACUAACGGAAUAAAGAUAUUUGUUCUUGAUGAAGCAGAUGAAAUGCUUACCCGCGGUUUCAAGCAGCAAAUCUACGACGUGUUUCAAUAUAUGCCUACUGAUGUUCAGGUGAUACUUUUGUCUGCAACGCUUCCCGAAGAAGUGUUUGAUGUUACCAAAUGUUUCAUGCGCAAUCCGGUCCGAAUCUUGGUUAAAAAGGACGAACUCACUCUCGAGGGUAUUAGGCAGUUUUUUGUGAACGUUGAAAAGGAGGAGUGGAAACUGGAAACGCUUUGCGACCUGUAUGCGACCACAAGUAUUGCACAGGCGGUCAUUUUCUGCAAUACCCGACGGAAAGUAGACUGGCUUACGGACCAGUUGACCCAGCGAUCUUUCACGGUUUCAGCAAUGCAUGGAGACAUGGAACAGCGCGAACGUGAUAUGAUUAUGAAAGAAUUUCGUAGCGGUUCCAGUCGAGUGUUGGUUACAACUGAUUUAUUGGCUAGAGGAAUCGAUGUGCAACAGAUUAGCCUAGUGAUAAAUUACGAUAUACCGUCGAAUCGUGAAAACUAUAUCCACAGGAUUGGUCGCAGCGGUCGGUUUGGCCGCAAGGGAGUAGCGAUAAAUUUUGUUACCGAAAACGACGCGCGCACGCUGAAAGAUAUUGAGAAUUAUUACCACACGAUCAUCGAAGAGAUGCCGAUGGAUGUUGCUGACUAUUUAUAG